GCUGCGGCCCCGGCUACUCGGCUCCGAGCGUUGUGUGCAGAGACCCCCGCGCCCAUCAGCAGCGGCGGGGCGGCGGGGGCUGCCGCUGUGCCGCCCGAGCGUCCUCCGAGUGAUGGGAACGGCCGCUGCCUUCGCCACCGCAGGGCUGCCCCGCGCCCCAUCAGCCGUCGCCGGCGAGAUGGGAAGAGUCGCCGCGCCGAGGCCGAGAGCGAGAGAGGCGGAGCCGCCGCGCCGCGAGCUGGGCCCGGUAUAACCCCCUCCCUCCCCCCGCACCGUUGCGCCCCCCGCGCGGGGAAGGAAGCUGCGGUCCCCGAGGGCGGAGGAGAACCGCCGGAGCCCAGGCGCAGCCGAGCGCAGAGCGGGGCUCCGGGCCGGGGAAAGUUUCCUUUUCCAAACCGCAGGGCGCUCACUGCCCGGAAACUCUGCCCGGGGCUGGGGCCGCCGAGUCGGUCGCCUCCACCCCUCCCCUCCCGGCGGUGCGGGGACCCCGGCGGAGGAAAGCUCGAGUGGGAGCGAGUAACAGCGGAACAGACCGCCGGGCCGUGACCCCGGGCCGCUCCGGGCAGUGCCCGCGGCUGCAGGUCCUGCCCGGAGCCGCUGCCAUGGGAGAACCACCCCUGGGCGCCGGGGACCAGCCGCCGCGCCCGCUUCGGAGCCGCGGCCCCAGUCCCCGCAUCCGCAGCCGACCCGCUGCGUCGUCCUCCCGGGCUGCAGGGCCGCCUCCUCCGCGCCGCCGGCCGGGGCUGAGCGUGUGAUGAGCCGCGUCCCGCCGCGAGCCCUGCCACUGGGCGCGCCUCUCCGGCUGCUCCCGGCCGCGCCCGCCGCUGCGCCGCGCGCCCUGCUCCCGCCGUGGCCCCGGCGCCCCGGCCGCCGCUGGCCAGCGUCCCCGCUCGGCAUGAAGGUGUUCCGCAGGAAGGCGCUGGUGCUGUGCGCGGGCUACGCGCUGCUGCUGGUGCUCACCAUGCUCAACCUGCUGGACUACAAGUGGCAUAAGGAGCCGCUGCAGCAGUGCAGCCCCGACGGGCCGCUGGCGGUCGUGGCGGGAGCCGCCGGGGCGGGCUGGGAGCGCCCUGGGCCUCCCCCUGCAGCGCCGCCCCGCGCGCACGCCCGCGCGGAACCCCGGACCCCGCACCGCCUUUCCGGAGCCGCCGUCGGGGUGGCCCCGGCAGCUGUGGCGGCGGUGGCUGGGGGCGCAGCCCCGAGGGGCAAUGACACUCGCGGCGCCGCUGGCGUCCGGGACAAGCGCCAGCUGGUGUACGUGUUCACCACGUGGCGCUCGGGCUCGUCCUUCUUCGGGGAGCUCUUCAACCAGAACCCGGAGGUGUUCUUCCUGUACGAGCCCGUGUGGCACGUGUGGCAGAAGCUGUACCCGGGGGACGCCGUGUCGCUGCAGGGCGCGGCGCGGGACAUGCUGAGCGCGCUUUACCGCUGCGACCUGUCCGUCUUCCAGCUGUACAGCCCCGCGGGCAGCGGGGGGCGCAACCUCACCACUCUGGGCAUCUUCGGCGCGGCCACCAACAAGGUGGUGUGCUCGUCGCCGCUCUGCCCGGCCUACCGCAAGGAAGUGGUGGGGUUGGUGGACGACCGGGUGUGUAAGAAGUGCCCCCCGCAGCGCCUGGCGCGCUUCGAGGAGGAGUGCCGCAAGUACCGCACGCUGGUCAUUAAGGGCGUGCGAGUCUUCGACGUGGCCGUGCUGGCGCCGCUGCUACGCGACCCGGUCCUGGAUCUCAAGGUCAUCCACCUGGUGCGCGACCCCCGCGCAGUGGCCAGCUCACGCAUCCGCUCGCGCCACGGGCUCAUCCGGGAGAGCCUGCAGGUGGUGCGCAGCCGCGACCCGCGAGCGCACCGCAUGCCGUUCCUGGAGGCGGCGGGCCACAAGCUGGGCGCCAAGAAGGAGGGCAUGGGAGGCCCGGCCGACUACCAUGCCCUGGGCGCCAUGGAGGUCAUCUGCAACAGCAUGGCUAAGACCUUGCAGACGGCCCUGCAGCCUCCGGACUGGCUGCAGGGCCACUACCUAGUGGUGCGGUACGAAGACCUGGUAGGAGAUCCGGUCAAGACCCUCCGGAGGGUCUAUGACUUUGUGGGACUGUUGGUGAGCCCCGAGAUGGAGCAGUUCGCCCUCAACAUGACCAGUGGCUCAGGCUCCUCCUCCAAGCCUUUCGUGGUGUCGGCGCGCAAUGCCACACAGGCCGCCAACGCCUGGCGGACCGCCCUCACCUUCCAGCAGAUCAAACAGGUGGAGGAGUUUUGCUACCAGCCCAUGGCGGUGCUGGGCUACGAGCGGGUCAACAGCCCAGAGGAGGUCAAAGACCUCAGCAAAACGCUGCUCCACAAACCACGGCUCUGAGAUGGAUGCCCGAGGCACCCGGCUCCUGCCCAGACACACACAGGGAGACUGUGGUGUGUUCAGAUAAACACAGCCCAGACCCGAAACUGAGGAAGCCCACAUAGUUGACUAUAGAUCUAUAAUAUAAAUAACCUCACAGGCAUUUGCUGUCAGUGUUUUGAGUCAUUGAAUUUCAAGGAACAACACACAUACAGACACACGCACACAUGCACAUAUACACCUCAGAAAAGGCAAGACUUGAAAGUUCCCACCAGCUGCUCCCUCCCUCCUCCUCCUGUCUUUUCUCCCAUUCCUUCCCUGCCUUCCAUUUUGCAGUGGGAUAUUGACUGAAUCAAGACCCCAGUAACCCCAAUCUUGUUUACAAAAUUUUUGUGGUAUCUGUGAACAUGUAAAAAGGAGUCAUUUGGAUGUGUGUUGGGGGUGGGAGGGUGCAGAAAGGGGGAGUCCCAGGGGGAAAAGACCCGUUGGUCGGAACAAACCCAGGAGGCUGUAGACUUUUGUGUAAAGAGCAAAGGUUACAUGUGAGUAUUAAUAAAGAAGAUAAUAAAUCAUAUUCUUUUUAAUUUU